AUGGCCGAGGCAGAUUUAAAAACCAAAAUAACACAGUUGCAAAUGGCAACCGAGAAAAGUGAUGCAAUUCUUAAUGGAAACAAGAAACGAGCGAUUGCCAGACACGGAGAGAGCUUGAAAGAAACAAUAGCUGCGGUAAAUAAAUUGCGAUUAACAGUCGAAGCAGAGAAAAUUUCCAAAGGAACAAGUGCCGAGGAGAUCGAAGAGUGGAAUAAAACCGUAGAGAAUACGAUGGAAAAAGCCGACGGUAUGGUUGAAAUUUUAGAGCAAUGGUUAGACGAACAAGAUGCGAGAAAGGAGAAAAUACAACUCGAGGAGAAAGCAGAAAGAGAGGAAAUAGAACGGGAAAAACAACUACAAUUUGAGCUAAAAUUACACGAAGCUAAGGUGAAAUUACAAUCUGAAAUUACACCGGAA